UCCCCUUAACAAGCGCAUUGUAACCUCCCCUUUCUCCUCCCUUUCCUCUUUUCCUUGGCUUAACACCCUUUAGCUAGCGUCACUUCUCUCUGCCCAUUAGUUUCAACAUAUAGGUUAAUUUCUGGGUCAAUAAGUCCGACACCCAUUUCAAGAUUUUGUCUAUCCGGGUAGUGGGUUUCUUUCUUGAGUUGCCAGCUGCGGCGGCCAGCUUCACCGUUGUUCUCUAGCAUCAUCCCCCUGUUUUUUCUUCAAAACAAGCUUAAUGCUCAAUCUUUUGUUCUUGAUCUUUGAAAUUCAUGUCUGCAAUUCUCAGUGAACUCUUCCUUUCCGGGUGUAUGAUAAAUUCCACAUACAGGCGCAGGACCCAUUUAGUUCAAUCCUUCUCAGUUGUCUUCCUCUACUGGUUCUACUACAUUUCAUGAUUUUUGUCUUCUUUUCCCAAUAGCUAGAGUUAUACAUCUAUAUCAAUAUUUCCUUUUCUUCUUUAAAUAUAACUAUAUAAAUAUCUGGGUGUGUUUUCUGGUGAACAAUAGCUAUCUGGGUCCUGCUAGAUUUUAGUUAUCCCUCAUUAAUAAUCUGCUAAUCGAUCGAGCUUUUGUAUAAUUAAAAAAAAAAAAAAAAAAGGAAGAAGAAUUUUGUGGAAAAAAUUACAUGCAUGGCUUCCUCUAGUGGCAGUGGGACAUCUUCAGGGUCAUCUGGGUUUCAGAACUCAGGUUCUGAGGAAGAUCUUCAGCACUUGAUGGAUCAGAGAAAAAGAAAGAGAAUGAUCUCGAAUCGCGAAUCCGCAAGGCGGUCGCGAAUGAGGAAACAGAAGCAUAUAGAUGACCUGAUGGCCCAAGUUGCUGAGCUCAGAAAGGAAAAUAACCAAAUCAUCACGAGCAUGAACGUAACCACCCAGCAGUAUCUGAAUGUUGAGGCUGAAAAUUCUGUCCUCAGGGCUCAGGUGGCUGAGCUCAGCCACAGAUUGCAGUCCCUCAACGAGAUCAUUGAAUUCUUGAAUGUCUGUACUGGUGGUUUGGCUGCUGAGGGUUCUUAUGGAUUUGGUGAAUCUGCGGAUGGAUUCUUGAACAAUUAUUGGAAUCAUCUCUAUCUGAACCAGCAGCAGCCUCUUAUGCCCUCAGCAAACAUGCUCCACUACUGAGCGUGCACUGGCUGACCUCCCAAUUGAAAGACUUUUUUUUGGCGUCUAGAGGGGAUUAAAUUAAUAUGGAUCCAGUCUUAAUUAGACUUCCAACUAUCAGCAAUUACUAGGAAUAAAGCAUAGAGGGAUUUGGUUAUGGUUAUAGUUAUAUCUUUUCAGGUGUGGCUCAGGAACCUUGUCCAGUGUAAUUAGCAAUUACUCUCUCUUGUCUGUAAACUAGUGAUGCUUUUCCCUUCCAAUCUAGUUUUGUUUUGUCCAACUUUUAUUUGUGUGUUUUAUUCACAAUAAUAUUUUUG